GUCCUCCGCGAUCUCCUCUCCCAUCUCCUCUGCCCCGACUCCAUCAUGCUGUUUUGGCACACGCAGCCGGAGCACUACAACCAGCACAACUCGGGCAGCUACCUGCGGGAUUUGACUAGUGUUCUUCAAAGGGAAAAUGAUGUCCUUGCACUGCCAAUCUUUAAGCAGGAGGAGCCCCAGUUGUCUCCAGAGAAUGAAGCCAAACUGCCUCCAUUUCAGUAUGUACUCUGUGCAGCCACCUCACCUGCUGUGAAGCUUCAUGAAGAAACACUGACUUACCUCAACCAAGGUCAGUCAUAUGAAAUCCGGCUCCUAGAGAAUAGGAAAUUGGGAGAUUUUCAAGAUUUAAACACGAAAUAUGUCAAGAGCAUCAUUCGUGUGGUCUUUCAUGACCGGCGCCUGCAAUAUACUGAACACCAACAGCUAGAAGGCUGGAGAUGGAGCCGUCCUGGGGACCGGAUUCUGGAUAUCGACAUCCCGUUAUCUGUUGGCAUCUUGGAUCCCAGAGCCAGCCCAACACAGUUAAAUGCAGUUGAGUUCCUAUGGGAUCCUUCGAAGAGAGCGUCAGCAUUCAUUCAGGUACAUUGCAUCAGUACAGAAUUCACUCCGAGGAAGCAUGGGGGAGAGAAGGGUGUUCCAUUUCGGGUGCAAAUUGAUACGUUUAAACAGAACGAGAAUGGCGAGUACACGGAACACCUGCAUUCUGCCAGUUGCCAGAUCAAAGUGUUCAAGCCCAAGGGAGCAGACCGAAAACAGAAGACAGACCGGGAGAAAAUGGAGAAACGGACUGUCCAGGAGAAGGAGAAAUACCAGCCAUCCUAUGACACCACGAUUCUCACGGAGUGCUCCCCGUGGCCGGAUAUGCCUUACCAAGUGAACAACGCUCCGUCCCCAAGUUACAACAGUUCUCCCAACAGCUUCAGCCUUGGCGAUGGCAACAGUUCUCCAACUCAUCAAGUGGAGCCCCUGCCCACCAGCAAUGACCACCUCCUUCCCUCUGCCUCCAUUCAAGACGCCCAGCAGUGGCUUCAUCGCAAUAGGUUCUCGCCGUUUUGUAGACUCUUCUCGAGUUUCUCUGGUGCUGACUUACUGAAAAUGUCCAAAGAAGAUUUUGUUCAGAUAUGUGGACCUGCGGAUGGGAUCCGGCUCUUCAAUGCCAUCAAAGGCAGGAAUGUGAGACCAAAGAUGACCAUCUAUGUCUGCCAGGAACUAGAGCAGAACAGAUCUCACCUGCAGCAGAAGAGAGAGGCUUUGGACAGCAAUUUGUGUGUGUACCACGCCAUCUUUUUGGAAGAGCUGACCACUCUGGAAUUAAUCGAGAAGAUCGCAAACCUCUACAGCAUCUCCCCACAGCACAUUAACCGAAUCUAUCGGCAAGGACCAACCGGUAUCCACGUCGUGGUGAGCAAUGAGAUGGUGCAGAAUUUCCAAGACGAAUCUUGUUUUGUUAUCAGCACGUUAAAAGCUGAAAGCAAUGACGGCUACCACAUCAUUCUGAAGUGUGGACUGUGAGCGGCAGGACUCCCCGAGAUAGCGACGAUCCCGGCUGAAAAACACAAAAGACUGGAAAGAGCGAAGGGCGGAAGGGGCCGGGGCCGGUGACGUCUCCGGGAGAACGACAACUUGGCAGAAACCAAGGGAAGACAUUUUUGUAGGGGUAGAGAUGGAAGGCCUGAAUUUAUCCAGAAAAAAAUCUGUCCCUCUCCCCUCCCUACCCUCCUCUCUUUUUUGGACCCGAAAGCUGUCCAGCUUUCUGAUCUUUGUUGACUGUCCCAGUUGGUCCCAAAUGAAACACGGAAAGCACAGCCUGCCCCUUUCCCACAUUUCCCCGGGUGAGGCAGUUCCACUUGGCUCCUCCAUUCACCAAACCAUGGGCUUCCCCUCUCCGCCUUAUUGGAACUGGCUCAGAGAGACCCUGACUGCCCUUCUCGGGGCUCCUGGGGAGCUUUAGCCUUUCCUUCCCAUUGAUUUUUGGGGUGCAGCUGAGGCCCUGUGGUUCCCGUUCAUCUUUGCCCUCAGCACAUCAGUGGCCUGCCUCCCCUUUUCUUCCCCAGGCCCAUUUCAGAAUAUUUUUGUAUGGCCUUUUUAAAAAAAAAUGAUACAGCAGACGCAACAUUUGGCCCUUCUAGGCCUGUGUGUAUCUGUGUGUAUAGCCACAUACACACAAUGUUGUGAAGUUUUUCUGUGGUCAGUAAUCUGGAUGUUUCAUAUCCUCUGUAUGUCCUGUGAAAAUAUGAAACCUCUAUCUGUGGGUGGGUGUAUACAUAAUGCAUACACACUUGUGUCUAUCCUU